AUUCAAGAACAAGACAAGGAGCUGUAUACGGACUCGCAGAUCUACCUUCGGAUUGUACCCAGGGCCGGCGCCACCUAUAGGCGAAGAAGGCGCCGGCCUAGGGCGCACAUUUGGAAGGGGCACCAUGGCCGCCUGUUUGCACCGCUGCGUUUCUACAUGUGCCGCAGCAAUGGCAAGCCGCACGCGGCACAAAGGAGAGAG